CUGUGAACGAGAGGCAGCGAGUGGGAAUGGGAGAGAGGCAGAGGAGCCACAACAUCUGAAAGUUUUAAACCUGUGAUCGCGGUAGGUGAUGCGAAACAAGACUGGGGGUUCCUCCAACAUGUGGAAGCAAAACAAGUUCCACAUCAUGGGCUGCUUCAGACAGAGACAGAUUUAAGUUUUACUGCUGAGGGAGGGCAUUCUCUGUCACUUUAUUAUUCGGGGAGGGUGGAAAUAUAAAGAUGAGAUUGUUAAAUAUAUUUCUUAAACUCCCCUAAGAGGUGUGCAGAGACUGAAAUGCAUUGGGCGUUAAGAUGCACUGCUCUCCCAGCACAAAAUAUUACUUUAAUGUUCCUGAAAGUUAAGACGCAGCAGCUUGGAAAAAUACUGAAGGAGUUGAAGUGUCAACGAGGAACUUAAAUGUACAACAGAUGUUACCUUCAGGAGCAGUGGAAGACCUGGACAAGAGCAUCAGCUGCCUGGGAAAGUGAGGACCCCUGAUAACAUCUCACUGUGGAAGUACUUAUCGUGUUGGGAUUAUUGCCAGCAUUGGAGUUCCUGGUGUCAGACCUGUUUACCUUAUUUUUGUCACCACCGAUCAGUGGAUCCUCAUUUGAUUUUGAGCAAUUCUUUUUGGCUUGUACAGUGCACACAACGGAUGAAGCAUCCUGUGCACUGACCCUAAGCUGUCCCACCCCACCCUGUGUCCUUGCCUGUAGGACGCAGUGACAAUGCUGACCGAGUGCCCAGCACCAGAAAGAUCAGAGCCACGACCCAAGCUAAGGCCUGCUGUAACCUCUGCAGCACCAUGUCUCAGGCAGUCGCGGCUCCACUUGAGGCUAAUAGCUCACAGUCAGGAGAAGCGCCCGGGGCUGAGCUGAAAUGGGCUGCCCUGCUUAUUGUCAUGGUCAUCAUCCCCACGAUUGGAGGAAACAUUCUGGUCAUUCUAGCUGUGUCACUCGAGAGGAAGCUGCAGAACGCCACCAACUACUUUCUGAUGUCGCUUGCUGUGGCUGAUCUGUUGGUGGGACUCCUAGUGAUGCCCAUUGCCCUCGUCACUGUUCUCUACAACUCUGACUGGCCUCUUCCGGAGCCCCUCUGCCCCAUCUGGCUGUUCCUUGAUGUGCUGUUUUCUACCGCAUCCAUCAUGCACCUAUGCGCCAUUUCACUGGAUCGCUACAUUGCCAUCAAGAAGCCAAUUCAACACAGCCAGUACAAAUCCAGAGCCAAAGCGAUGGUGAAGAUUGCACUGGUGUGGCUCAUAUCCAUUGGUAUCGCAAUCCCGAUUCCAAUAAAGGGGCUUAGGAACAACCACCUUCCCAACAACAUCACCUUCAACAGUAACCACACAUGCCUGCUGAAAACAGACACCUUCCGGGAGUUUAUCAUGUUUGGCUCCUUGGCAGCAUUUUUCAUCCCUCUGACCAUCAUGAUGGUCAUCUACCUACUCACUGUCCAAGUGUUGCGCAAAAAGGUUUAUUUGCUCAGGUCAAAGGUGACUCAGCGCUUUAGCUACCCGACAAUCGCCACAGUUUUUCAAAGGGAACACGGUGGGACUCCACCUCAAGCCGAGCAACUGAACAUGCUGGAUGGCAGACUUCCCAGAAUGCAAGAAAAACCACAUACAGGCACGACAAACUCUACUACAGGAGAUGAAAUGUCCUUUCGGAGAAUGUCAACAAUGGGCAAGAAGUCAAUGCAGACUCUGAGCAAUGAGCAACGCGCCUCAAAGGUGCUUGGCAUCGUCUUCCUCCUGUUUGUCGUUAUGUGGUGCCCUUUCUUCAUCACUAAUAUCACCUCGGUGCUAUGUACCAGCUGUGAUGUUCAUAUAAUCGCCCGCCUCAUGGAGAUCUUUGUUUGGGUGGGUUAUGUGUCAUCAGGCAUCAACCCGUUGGUCUACACCCUAUUUAACAAAACUUUCAGGCAAGCGUUCACGCGUUACAUCACCUGUAAUUAUGAAAGCCCUGCUUGUCAUGGGCCAGGACAGAACCCAAGAACAUCAAAUGCAGAUCGGACCUUUACGAGGAUUUCCUUUAGAUCUUCUAUGGCAGAAAACUCUAAACUGUUCAUGAAGCGGGGAAUGAAGAAUGGCAUUGGGACAGUUAGCUACCAAAGUCCAAUAAGGUGCCGUCAAGCAUCUGUUCAAGCAUCCAGUGGCGUUGUGUUAGACACAAUGCUUCUGACUGAUAAUGAAGGUAAUAAGCAGGAAGAACACAUUAGCUUUGUCUAGAAAUACCCGACAAAUGAAUCUAAUUAAAAAGGGAGCACUUGAAGUAGAUCAAAUCUAUGGUGCAAACAUUUUUUAAAAUCUCUCUAAAGACAAAGGCAUACCCCCACAACAAAAUGCAUGAUUUGGAAUCUGUUAUGUUUUUAUUGAAGAUAAAAUCUAGCCAUAAUUUAAAUCAUGAUAAUUUUGGAAACCCAUUUUAUCCAUAAGUCAAACUCCUCUGUGAUAUAUGUGAAUAUAUAGGGUCGAAAUAUUUCUCAAGGGGGCCUUUAGGACAGGCUAUAUUAACAAUGUGAAUUCUUUAAGACGACAAGACACUUCAAAGCGUAUAAGAAGAGAGUUUGAGUUGUCAAACGUUAUAAAACCAUGAGAUGACCUGUAACAGGUUAACUAAAACGAGAAGACAGGAGGAUGUCCUCUAUGAAAGGUCAAAAGCUGACAAAGUUCAGGCCACCAGACAAUUAUGUGAGGAAUGAAGACAUAAUCAUGACCUGGAAACUCUCUGUGAAUGCUAUAUACAAUGUAUUCCAAUGCCGAUCCUUUUACUUGGGCUAUGUGAACAUGGUGAGGACCAUCUCUGACCACAUGCUUACAUUUUGUUAAGACAAACACAACUCUACCUUUUAAAUCUUUUCUACAACAGACACAUAAAAUGUAUUGCACUCUUGAAAUGAUUAUCGUAUCUGCCGGACCUUUGAGAAGCACUCUUGCAUGUGUACUUCAGCCUGAUGUUUUGACAUGUUAACAGGUUUCCAAAUAGAAGACUGUAUAUAAUAAAGAACAA